UUUUUUUUUUUAAUUAACAAAAAAUAUAACCUUUAAAUUUCUCUCGUUCUUGGUUUCUUCUCCUCAUUAUCAAAAGCUCCCAAAGAAACAAGAUCCCAACUUUAAUGGCGGACGUUAAAAACCCUAACAAUCACCAUAAACAUCAUCGUCUUCAUGCUCUCUUGAUCCCAUACCCAUUCCAAGGACAUGUAAACCCGUUCGUACACUUAGCCAUCAAGCUCGCGUCGCAGGGGAUCACCGUCACAUUCGUCAACACUCAUUACAACCACCACCAGAUCAACUCCGGGGAUAUUUUCGCCGGAGUUAGAUCGGAGUCUGGUCUUGACAUACGUUACGCUACGGUUUCCGACGGACUUCCUCUCGGGUUUGACCGGUCUUUGAACCAUGACCAGUACCAAUCGUCCUUGCUGCACGUGUUCUCGGCUCACGUGGAGGAGCUCGUGGAGAGUCUUGUCGGAGAAGGUGUGAAUGUAAUGAUCGCAGACACAUUUUUUGUUUGGCCGUCGGUGGUUGCGAGGAAGUUCGGUUUGGUUUGUGUCUCGUUUUGGACCGAAGCUGCGUUGGUUUUUUCUCUCUAUUACCAUAUGGAUCUGCUUCGGAUUCAUGGUCAUUUUGGUGCUCAAGAAACCCGAAGAGAUCUAAUCGAUUACAUCCCCGGGGUCGAAGCAAUAAACCCGAAAGACACAGCAUCAUAUCUCCAAGAAACCGACAUCUCAUCGGUGGUCCACCAAAUCAUCUUCAAAGCAUUCGAAGACGUGAAGAAAGUCGACUUCGUCCUCUGCAACACGAUCCACCAAUUCGAAUCCAAAACCAUCCGAGCCCUAAACUCCAAAAUCCCUUUCUACGCGAUCGGACCGAUAAUCCCAUUCAAUCUCAAAACCGGUUCUUCGGUCACCACCAGCCUCUGGUCAGAAUCCGAUUGCACGCAGUGGCUCAACGCUAAACCGGCCGGUUCGGUAUUAUACAUUUCUUUCGGCAGCUACGCGCACGUGACCAAAAAAGACCUCGUCGAGAUCGCUCACGGGAUCUCGUUGAGCAAAGUCAACUUCGUAUGGGUGGUUCGUCCCGAUAUCGUCAGCUCCGACGAGACCAACCCCUUGCCGGAGGGGUUCGAAUCGGAGGCCGGAGACCGCGGGAUCGUGAUCCCUUGGUGCUGCCAGAUGACGGUUCUCUCGCAUCCGAGCAUCGGAGGGUUUUUGACGCACUGUGGGUGGAACUCGAUCUUGGAGAGUAUAUGGUGUGAGGUUCCGUUGCUUUGCUUCCCGUUGUUGACGGAUCAGGUUACGAAUCGGAAGCUUGUGGUUGAUGAUUGGAAGAUUGGGAUGAAUCUGUGCGAGGAUCGGGGUUUCGUUGGGAGGGAUGAGGUGAAGAUGAGUAUUGGCCGUUUGAUGUGUGGGGAAUCGAGAGAGGGAGUUAGGGGUGCGAUCGGACGGGUGAAAAUGAGUUUGGAAGGUGCGUUGAAAUGCAGUGGAUCGUCCGAGGAGAAUUUGGGUUUGUUUGUUGACGGACUUGUGGCUAAGGUUGGGUUAUCAAAUGGAAAAGCUUAAUUGCUAAAAGAAAAUUGUUAUAUUGUUAUAGAAGAUGACUGUGUCGUUUUUGUUAUCGGGAAUAAUAUUGUUUUAUUUUACCUUUUUAAUUA